AUUGUGGGAAAAAAGGCGGGGUUUUGUGUGGGAGCUUCAUUUCCUCAGCAGCUCUCAGGGAGGGUGAUUGGCCUUGAGGCUGCUUUGAGGGCGAAGGCCCAGCAGCCAUGCAGGGCCCCGAUGAUGACGCAGGGGCAGGUGGUGCAGAGGGAGGCGCAGAGGGUGGCGCAGAAGACCAGGGUGGCCGCAGAAGCCCUGAUGGCCAGGGGGCCCCCGAUGGCCAAGAUGUCGAAGGUGCAGCCGGUGAUGCUGGUGCAGCAGGUGGCGUUGGCGCAGCAGUAGCCACCAACCCUGAAGGCAUUCUCCAUUUGCCGAGGCCAGCACAUGCCCCAGUGCAAGGUGGAGAACUCGUGCCUAUAGCCAGAGGACCAGGAAUCCAACCACGUGAUUUCACUCUUAGAGUUCCUUUCCUGAAUCCCAUAGAGGCAGAGGUCGCCCGCAGAUCCCUGGCUCUUUAUGGGGAACCCCACCUGCAGGCCGUUCACAGAGAGCUCACAGUGAAUGGCAGCUUCCUGGUUGUUAGAUGGACUGCUGAAGAUGCUCACCUCCUCCACAUGUCCUUCAUCGCCUUUCUUGAUGAUCUUUCCCUGGUGGUGCGGACCAUGCAGCGCUUUGGGCCUCUAUUCCCCCCUAAGUCUCUGCUAGAGAAGGGGGGCUGAAGUCCAACCUUGUGUCUCAUGUCAGUGCAUCCUUCCCUAGGACACUGACUCCUGAAUUGAUUAAUUGCCACUUUAUUCCUGAAGCCUGAGUGUUUGCCUGUACUUGCACUUGGGUGCUUGCGG